AUGGAGAAACUGUUAAUGAUUCAUUAUCAGGACGUGUCGGUAUCUCUGGAGAUUGAGAUCCGACAACAAGAUGAAGCCAAUAGUGUAGCAUCAAUUUAUGGAGAUAUCUUUAAAGAUAUAACUUCAACUAAAAUGAUUUGGAAUAAGAAACCAUGUCCCCAUUUUCAAAUCUUAUUAGAAUCUUGUGAAAAUGAAGAGAAUCCCACAAUAUCACUUACUUUAGAUAUUGAAUUUACUCCCACUUAUCCAUUAUCACCAGCCUUAAUUAAAGUAUUAAAUCCUAAGAAUUUAUUAAGAGCUCGAGUUCAACAAAUUGAAAAUAAAAUAAAAGAACUUAUAAAGCAAUUCCCCGGUGAAGAAAUUUCAUUUACGGUAAUAUCAGAAGUUAAAUUUAUGCUUGAUGAAUUUCAACUGAUAACUGAAAAAGUAUUAUCAUUGGAAGAAGAACGAGAAUUAAGAUUAAAGAAUGAAAGAUUAGCUAUGAUGAAAGAAGAUGAAAUAAAAAUGAAACAAAAGGAAUUGGCUAAGAGGAAACAAGAUGAAGAAUUAAAUAAACAAAUUCUUCAAAUUCGUGAUGAAUAUUAUGAAGAUUCAGUAGAAGAUAAUAAUCAUAAUAAUAAUAAUUAUGAAACUGUUAGUGAUAUCGAUUUAAUUCCUCAAGAUACUAAUCUUUAUUUUAUAUUUGAAAAUCCUAUAACUGAUGAAUUACCUCAAACUCGAACUAAAAUUAAAUUUCGAGCAGUACUGGGAUUUAUUAAAUAUUUUAAACGAGAUUUAUUAUCAAAUUUAGGUCAUCAAUAUAUAGUUAAACCAUAUUUAUCAUCAAAUUUACAAGAAAAACUUGAUAAACAAGAUAUUGAACUUUCAUAUUUACUUACAGAAAUAGAUUUUAUAAAUCCAUUUUGGAAUACUGAAGCUGGUAAACGAGAAAUUCAAGAUCUUGAAAAGGAAUUACAAAUGAUAAUUAGUCUUAAGAAUGAUAAUAUACUUAAAUUACUUGGAUUUCAAUUUGAUAAAAUUCAAUCAGGUUGUAGUUGGAAACUUCGAUUAUUGAAUGAAUUUUCUUCAACUUCUGAAUCGGUUGAUGAUAUUUUAAGAACGGCCGAAUUUCUUAGUUGGCCCUUGGCUCGAGCUUGGUUAAUUCAAUUAUUACCGACUCUUGAAUAUUUACAUAAUUGUGGAUUUGUCCAUAGAUUAAUAUGUCCUUCAUCGGUAUUUAUAUAUCAAAUUGAUAAUAUGAUAUCUGAAAGUAGUGGUAGCACCAGUGGUAGUUCCAGUACUAAUAAUAGUAAUUCUCACUUGAAUGAUACAAGUACCACUAAAAUAUUAAAGUUGGGCCAUCCCUCGUAUGGGUUUAAACUAUUCAACAUGUUACAGACUCAUAGAAAUUCAGAAACUUUGGUGAAUCAACCACAACCAUCACCGCUAACUUCAGGCUUUAUCCCAGAUAACUGGAUUGCUCCCGAAGUUAAAUCAGGUGGAUCUCAUACUCAAAAGACAGAUGUAUGGGAUUUAGGAGUAUUAUUCGUUCGAAUAAUGGUGAAUUAUACUGCACUUAAUUCCACUUAUACAUCACCCGAAGAGUUCCAUAGAAAGUUCCUAACGCAAGAAUUCUCUGGUCAUGAACAUUAUGCAACUUUAGUAUAUGAUUUAUUAUCGAAAAUGUUACAGAGUAAACCUGCCAAAAGACCCACUCCCUUAGAAUUAAAUGCCGUCAAAUUCCUAAGAGAUGGUCCUAUGAUAAUUAAUCAACAUAUUGGGGGUAUAGGUAUACCUAUAGAUAGAAUUAAUAUAUCACAAACGCUUCGAAAUCCCAAUACUAUAAGACAAGAAAGGCUUGGACAUAGUAAACAUAAUACUAAUGUUAAUGCUAAUGCUAAUGCUGAUUCUAAUGCUAAUGCUGAUGCUGAUGCUGAUGCUGAUGCUCCUAAUCCCCAUCAGAUUUCUAUAAGAAAAGCCAGUGGUAUCCUGAAUUAUAUGAGAGAUUUAGAUAGUAUUCCCUCGGGGAUUAGACAAAAUUUUGGAAGAUAUGAAAGAGAUUUUGAAGAAAUUGGACGACUUGGGAAGGGAGGAUUUGGAGAAGUUGUUAAAGCUCGAAAUCGAAUGGAAGGGAAAUUCUAUGCUAUUAAAAAGAUUAAGCAUAGAUCUGAUAAAUUAGAUUCUUUACUUAGUGAAGUAUUAUCUUUAGCACGAUUAAAUCAUCAGUAUAUUGUCAGAUAUUAUGGUACUUGGGUUGAAGAAGUAGUAGAACAAGGCUAUAAUCUGUCACAUGUAUCUGAAGAAGAAACAGAGACCGAGACUGAAACUGAAACUGAUUUAGAUCAGCAGAAUGAUCAGCAGAAUGACAAUGAAUUCCCCAGUCCAAUUCAAGCUCGAUCUUCUUCUUUCCUACUUAGUCAUGAUAAUUCCUUUCAAGUGGAUUUUAUGUCCAAUUCAUUCGAUCCUCGUAUUGAAUUUGAUGAUUCUACUGAAGAAGAUGAUAAUUUAGAUGAUUUUAUAGAAUUUGCUAAUUCCACUGAUGAAGCCGGUGAAGAAGCAGAAGUAGAAGUAGAAGUGGAGUCUGAAUCCCAGAGUGAAAGUAUGAGUGAACAGGAAAAGAAUGUUAAACCACCCCCCAAAAAACCAGUCAAUGGACCUAAAUCAAUUCUAUAUAUUCAAAUGGAAUUCUGUGAAAAUAAUACUCUCAUGAAUUUAAUUGAACAAGGAUUACCAGGAAAUUCCAAUGAGUAUUGGAGACUCUUUCGUCAAUUACUUGAAGCAGUUCUGUAUAUUCAUGGCGAAGGAUUUAUACAUCGAGAUUUAAAACCCAUCAAUAUAUUUAUUGAUCGAGCUAAUAAUAUUAAAGUAGGAGAUUUUGGACUUGCUAAGAAUUCUCAAUUUACUUCAGUUAUUCUGCAAAAUAAUCAAAUCUUUUCUGGAGGUAAUCAAGAUUUAUCAACAGUAGUUGGUACUCUUUUUUAUACUGCCAAUGAAGUUGCCACAGGAACUUAUGAUGAAAAAGUCGAUAUGUAUUCUUUAGGAAUAAUAUUCUUUGAAAUGUGUUAUUCAUUAUCCACCGGAAUGGAAAGAGCAAGAACUUUAAAUGAUUUACGAUUAAAGAGUAUUGAAUUCCCUAAUAAUUUUACCGAUUCAAAAUAUAAAAUUGAAAAGAAAAUCAUUAAAUCAUUAUUAGAUCAUGAUCCUAAAGUAAGACCAGGAGCUAUGGAACUUUUACAAAGUGGUUGGUUACCAGUUGAACAUCAAGAUCAAGUUAUCCAACAAGCGUUAAAGUCAUUGGCUGAUCCAGCAUCUCCUUGGCAACAACAAGUUAGACAAGCCCUUUUCAAUCAACCAUAUCUGUUAGCUAAAGAUUUAAUGUUUGAAUUUAAUCAUGGCAAAUCUUCCCAUUUAAAUCAUCUUGAACCGACUAAUAAAGAUUAUUUAUUAUUUAAUCGAUUAAUUCAAGAAAUAUUUGAAAUCUUUCAUCGUCAUGGAGCCAUUGAAGAUUUUGAUUCAAAUUUAUUAAUUCCAAAGGCUCCAUCUCAAUCAACUGAUUUGGUUUAUGAAGUAUUAGAUAGAAAUGGGUCAGUACUUACAUUACCUUAUGAUUUAACAUUACCUAUAGCUCGAUUUUUAAGUCGAGCUAAUGUAUCAUUAACCAAAUUAUAUCGUCAUGAAUUUGUUUAUCGACCCAGUCUUCGAGGCGUGGGUAAACCUGAUAAAUAUAGUUCAAUUAAUUUUGAUAUUGUUAGUCAUAAUCUUAUGAAUAGACCAAUUAAUGAUGCUGAAUGCCUUAAAGCCAUUGAUGAAAUCAUGCAAAAAUUACCAUGUUUCAAAAUAAAAAAUUCAACAACAAUUAUUAUAAUUAAUCAUUAUGAUAUUUUGGAUGCCGUAUUAUCAUUUUCAUUUGAAAAUCAUGGAAUUGAAGAAAGUAAACGUCAAGAAAUCUUUGGAGUUUUAUCACAAUUAGGAAUUGAAAAAUCUCUGAAUGAAACUAAACAAUUCUUACGAGAAGAUUUAAAAGUCCCUCAUACAGUAACUAAAGAUUUAAUUGAUCAAUUUGAUUUUACCAUUGCAGUUGAUAAAGCAUUACAAAAGUUUCAAAAGUUAAUGGUUGAUUCCGUUCAUUUAUUAAGAAUUGAACGAGCCUUAUCUUAUAUUAAUAAAGUUAUAAAUAUACUAGAAACUUUAGGAAUUAAGAAUUCUGUAUAUUUAAAUCCCCUAAGUAAUUAUAAUAGUAAAUAUUAUAAUUAUGGAAUUAUGUUUCAAGCGUUAUUUAGAAUUGAAAAGAAUCGGAAAUUUCAAAGAAUUGCCACUGGUGGUAGAUAUGAUUCAUUAAUUAGUUCAUUAUCAAAUCAAGAUAUUAGUAAAUCCAUAACUCAACAUGCCGUAGGAUUUUCAUUAAAUUCUACAUUUAUAUUUUUAUUAAUGAAGAAUUUAAUUAAUCGAAAAGUUAAAUCAGUUGAAUUUGAUUAUGAUAAUUGGAAGGGUAAACGAUGUGAUGUAUUAAUUCAAAGUUCAAGUUCAACUAAUUCCCAAUUACUUGAAUCCAGUUAUAUGAUUCUAAAGGAAUUAUGGGAAAGAAAUAUUAGUGUUGAUAUUUUAAAUCCUGAUCCUCAAGAUGAUGAUAUUGUCCGAGCUCGAGAUGAAGGAGCUGAUUGGUUAAUUAUAAUCAAACAACCUAAAUCUAAAGAAAAGGAUAGAGAUGGUAAAGAAAAGAAACGAAUUAAAGCUAGUAGUAGAAGUUUUAAACCAUUAAAAGUUCGAAAUUUAAUUCUGAAUAAAGAAGCCGAUUUAGAAUAUGAUGAAUUAAUUGAUUAUUUAGAAGCUGAAAUUGAAGAAAGAAAUUUACAAUUAGAAAUUCUUCAAUCAGAAGCUUCAGAUCAACGUCAUCAAAAUAUUAAUGAAUUAAAUGAUCUAACAUUACUGGAAGAUCUUGGACCUCUGUAUUCACUUGAAAUUGAUCAACGAGCUAUAGUGGUUCCUAAUGAAGCUCCACGAGGUAGAAGAAAUAAUAAACGAGAAAAAUGGGAAUUAGAGAAUGAUUCUAAAAUUGCUUCAGCUCAAUUUAUUAAACAUAUUUCAACAUCUCCAGUUAUAACUAUUGAUGUAAGAGAUGAAGUACUUGAUAUGAUAGCUAUAACUUCAAUUCAACAACAAGAAGAAUGGAUUAGAAAAGUUGUUUAUUCCACCAAUAAUUUACCCAAGAGUUUUGCUUUAAAUAUCUAUAAUACUUUACAAAAGGAAAGUGCAAAGGGUCAUAAAUGGGCAGUAUUAUAUUCACCAAAAUCGGAAAAGACUGCCUUAAUUGAUUUACAACGGUGA